ACAAACCUCACUACCGUCAGCUUCACGACACCCUCAAAGCGUUACCACCGCGUCCAAUAUAUAAACCCGUCAACCUCGAUCAUGCGACGCAACCCGAUAUCCCUCAAUUGGCCCCCCUUCUUGCGUCCUCGUACCGCUCCCCGCAUGAGCCGCCCCCAUAUUCGCGCCGAAUCUUCCCAAGCAUCCCGCGUCGACCGCAUCACAGCAAAGCUUCCCCGACGCCUACAAAAGUACACCAACGGGCUGCGCAAUGCACCUGUCUCGCACAUCGUGUCUUUCCUGAUAUUGCAUGAGCUCACGGCCAUCGUGCCGAUUCUGGGCCUGUUCGGGCUAUUUCAUUACACCAACUACAUUCCUCUGACGUACAUGACUGAGUACUUUGGAAGCUAUGUACAAGAUGGUGUCUCCCGGUUCGAGAGGUACUUUAAACGAAAGGGGUGGUUUGGGUUUGGACAAGAGGACAACGAGACCACCAACAUCAGGUCCACUAGCGAGGAGGCCAUGGAGCGUUGGCAUAGCGGAGAUGGACGUUACAAGGUAGUGGUUGAGGUUGCCCUCGCCUACGCCAUUACAAAAGCUCUGUUGCCAAUCCGGAUAGUCUGCAGCGUAUGGGCUACGCCGUGGUUUGCCGGGGUACUGAUGAGGGCCAAGGGCAUUUUCACGCGAAAGUCAUAAAGAAUCACUUCUCCGCAUCGGGUCAAAGAUGUUGAAAAGAUGAACGUCUUUUGAUUUUUAUAUCCAUUGAGACAUCAACUCAUUGGCCAGGAACGUGCUUUUACAUCGCCUCAU